GUCCACCAUGCAUCGUAGCAGACUAUAUCUCCAUUUUCUCUCUCUUCAUUCCCUCUCUCUCUCUUCAUUGCAGCGUAAAUGUGAAUGAAUCCGCCCCCAUAGCUGCACCUCACCUAAUUCUUCGUUCUCCUCUAAAUCGCCGCUGCAAUGCCUCAACUAACCUCCAUCCUUCUCCCACUCUUCAUCUUUUCUUGCUCUCUUUCCUGCGCCGCCCACAACCGCCGCGUUCUCCACCAACCCUUUCUUCCAUUGGAUUCCAAGCCGCCAUUGCCGGCGCCGCCGUCUCCGCCGCCGACGCCGACUACGCCUUCUACCAGUGACGGCAAUGCUCCGUUCUUCCCGUCGUUCCCUCUGCCGCCGCCGCCGCCGUCUCCCAAGGCGUUCGCCUCGUUUCCGGCGAAUAUCUCGUCCCUCAUUGUGCCGCGCCCCCAGCCGGAGAAGCCGGUUUCGUCGAAGCUCGUUGGGACUGCUAUCUCGUGCGUGGCCGCGGCGGUUAUUUUUAUCCUGAUCGCCGUCUUGAUUCAUCGCCGGAAGCGGAGGAGGAAUAAUUCGAAUCGUUCUAAUUCUUCCAGUGACUCGAAAACGCAUAGAUCCGAUUACAGUACCCGAUUGAGUUACUUCAAUAAUGGAGGGAGUGGCGGGAAUCGCCGCAUUCCGAAGCUACCGAUGCCGUCUCGACCUAGCUCCGAGUUUCUGUACUUGGGCACUAUGGUCAAUUCACAUGGAGGAAUCGAAUCGUCGCACAAUCCGCAAAACCCUCGUAGCGGCAGUAUCUCCACCAGCACGGGAACGUCGCUAAAAUUGGAGUCUCCGGAGCUCCGCCCGCUAGCGCCGCUUCACGGUGAGAGCUUUGAGCGCAAUUACGGGAAUACGGAGCUUGGCUCCGAAGCCGACGAAGAAGAUGACGUUUUUUAUUCUCCGAAAGGAUCGUUGGGAGAUAGAGAGAGCUCGAUCGGAACUGGAUCGGCUUCCAGGAGAGCAUUCUCCGCCGUUGAGGUCGAGAAUUUCGAACCGUCCGGCCCGUCUUCUUCUUCUUCUUCUUCUUCUUCGGGCUCGGGCUCGCCCAAGAAGUCAGUGUCUCUGAGCAUUUCCCCGCCGGUGAGUUUGAGCCCUAACAGGUUAAGGCCCAAAUCACCUGAAUCGGUUACUAUUCUGACUGCUCCUCCACGUCAGCUUCCUCCUCCUCCGCCGCCCCCGCCGGUCUACGUGGCACAUUGGGUGUAUGCGAGAGAAUCUGAGUCACCUUCGCCAGCUAGCUCAUCCUCGCCGGAGAGGGCUUCGAGAAGAAGCCUAGAUUCGUCUCCUGGAACUUCAGGCAUUUGGGAUCAGAGCUUAAAAUCGCCUCUUCUUAGACUCGGCAACCAUUAUAUGGAGUCUCCAGCGAGAAUCACGAGUACACAUUUGGAAUCUCCUUUGAGAAUUACCAUCGCCGGUACGGAAUCUCCGGAUAGAAGCAGCUUUAGUACGGAAUCUCCGGUGAGAAUCGUCAAUUCUGUGCGGCAGAAUAUCCCAAUUUUUGCUCCUCCGCCACCUCCACCGCCGCCCCCGCCUCCUCCUCCAAGUAAACAGUUGGAAACUCCAAAGACUCCUAGCAUUAUUAAGCCUCAAAAACUAGUAUCUGAACCCCCAGCUCUAGUGACUCUAAGGCCCAUUGAAAUGGAGAGUCCACCAUUGAUUUCUCCAAUGCAGUUGCCUCCUAAUUCAGACUGUAAUGCACAGAAUGUUGAAGGCUGUACUACUGAGAGUGUAGAGAAGAAUGAGGAGAUGCUGAAACCGAAAUUGAAACCAUUGCACUGGGAUAAAGUUAGAGCAAGUUCAGAUCGCGAAACCGUGUGGGAUCAACUGAAAUCAAGCUCAUUUAAGGUGAAUGAGGAGAUGAUUGAGACACUCUUUGUUGCAAAUGCUCCAAAUUCAAAUUCAAAUCCAAAGGAAACAACCCAACGCCGAGUUCUUCCUUCAGCUAGCCAAGAAAACAGGGUUCUUGAUCCAAAGAAGGCACAGAACAUUGCAAUUUUGUUGAGGGCGCUAAAUGUCACCAUUGAGGAAGUAUGUGAAGCUCUUUUAGAAGGCAAUGUUGAUGCCCUUGGGACUGAACUUCUUGAGGGCUUGAUGAAAAUGGCUCCAUCUAAAGAGGAUGAGCGUAAGCUUAAAGAAUACACAGAUGAUUCGCCAUUCAAACUUGGGCCGGCUGAGAAAUUUCUUAAGGCAGUGCUAGACAUACCUUUUGCGUUCAAAAGAAUAGAUGCAAUGCUCUACAUUUCAAAUUUUGACACCGAGAUCAACUACCUCAAAAAGUCAUUUGAAACUCUUGAGGCUGCAUGCGAAGAGUUGAGGAGCUGCAGGAUGUUCUUAAAGCUUCUGGAGGCCGUUCUGAAGACUGGGAACCGCAUGAAUAUUGGGACAAAUCGCGGAGAUGCACAUGCGUUCAAGCUCGAUACUCUCCUCAAGCUCGUUGAUGUCAAGGGGGCUGAUGGGAAGACAACUCUCUUGCAUUUUGUUGUUCAGGAGAUAAUAAGAAGUGAAGGUGCCCGUCUUGCUACAGCAAACCAAAAUGAAAAGACAACUUCAAAUGAUGAUGCAAAGCACCGGAGGCUUGGCCUCCAAGUUGUCUCCAGCCUCAGUUCAGAGCUAAAAAAUGUGAAGAAAGCUGCUGCCAUGGACUCAGAAGUCCUCCAUAGCGAUGUCUUAAAGCUCUCUAAAGGGAUUUCUAACAUUGCAGAGGUUGUACAGUUGAAUGAAGCUAAGGUAUUGAAUGAAAGUAGCACCCACAAGUUUUCCGAAUCAAUGAACAGGUUUACAAAAACGGCAGAGGAGGAGAUUAUAAGGCUCCAAGCGCAAGAAAGUGUAGCUAUAUCUCUAGUCAAGGAAAUAACCGAGUACUUCCACGGGAAUUCAGCCAAAGAAGAGGCACACCCCUUCAGAAUCUUCAUGGUGGUGAGGGACUUCCUAGUGAUUCUCGAUCGUGUGUGUAAUGAAGUCGGAAUGAUAAAUGAGAGAACAAUAGUGAGUUCAGCACAUAAGUUUCCAGUUCCAGUAAAUCCCAUGCUGCAUCCGGUUACUGGUGGAGGAUUCCCCGGGAGACUGCAGCUCAGCUCCUCUGAUGAUAGCUCUUAGCAUGAGAAAACCCUAAAAAAUUUCCCUUAUCCAACUAGGAGCUUGUCUGAGAAUGAGCCUGCCAACACACUUUAUAGGUACCAUUUUUUUUCUUUCUUUUGUAUGUAUUAUAGAUAUAUCAUGUAAAAAAGAUUUUGGAAAUAAUUGUCAAGUAGAUGUAUAUACAGCAGAUUUUACUUGCAGAUUGUAUGGAAAAAACAAGGAAUCAAAUUAGGUUUAAGAGCUAGGAUGAUAAUCUGUUUAGAUUUCAGAACAUAUGCAGGCUGAAGAAGGAAUGCAAGAUUGAGUCUACUGCACAUUAUUAGGCAUAUGCAGUUAUAAAUUUCAGGUUGAUACCCAAAUGCUAGUUUCUUCUUCAUCUUUACUGAUGUAUAAUAAAUGAGUGAUACCAUUCCAUUUAAUUGACU